CCAAUUCCUCUCAGUCGGUCUACGCCGUAGCAGUGUAUAUAAACCUGCAAACAUGGAGAGUAGACGAGUCACGUUCAAACUCAAUUUCAACGAACAAUGACCCACAUUCCCUUUUCUAAGGUUUUCUACAGGGAGGACAUGGUAAAACCAUAGACGUUUCAAUUUUCCGAUCAUACCCCCCAAUUUUCGUCUCUCAAUUUCCCUUCAAUAAUCAGUAUUUUCUUUUUGAUUCGGGCUUUUGAGAUUUCUCCUUGUUCUUCGUGGAAAUAAUCAGGGUCUUGGAAGAUUUUGUGGGUAAAGCUUAUUUCUCUUUGAUCUAUUGGUUUAUGUGAUCUUCGUGUGGAUUCGGAGGAGUUUGUACAGGAAAAGGGUGUUCAUAAUUCGUAUUUGGGAUUGGCUUGAAUAGGGGGUUUCUGUUUCUUUGAUUCUGGGGUUUGCACACCAACUGUUUGUUUAAAUGUCAUAUUACUGCAUCCUUUCGUAAAAAGGGGAAGUGGGUUGAAAUGAGGACUUUUAUCUGUCAAUACCCGACUGUGUGCAUUUCUCUACUUUUUGGCUGUAGGAACUAGGAUAUAAUUUGGAUUAGAUGGGAAAUUGCUUAAAUGGUUUCAAUUCAAUAUAUCAUGCAUUUUGCGGGCCUCAAUCACAAUCACCAAAUAAGGUCCAUCCUGGGAAUGGAGAAGCUGGCAAACAACCGGAUCCAGCAGACUACCAUCCUAAAGACCCUCCACCUAUUCAAAAUACACAACCACAAACGGUAAUURUAGCGAAAGAAGAGACUCAAAAUGAAGUUAAGGAGGAGGCUAAAAAAGAAGUCAAGUUUGAGACCAAGCCAUCAAGAAAGGUUUCAAUAGUGAAGCAACAAAGCAAACACGCAGAGUCUGUUAAAAAGCCGCAAGAAAUGAAGAGAGUGUUAAGUGCAGGGCUUCAAUCUGGUGGGGUGUUGAAAACCAGGACUGGGAAUUUGAAAGAUUAUUAUAGGUUGGGUAAGAAACUAGGCAAUGGUCAGUUCGGUACAACAUUUCUUUGCAUCGAGAACGCAACUGGUAAAGAGUAUGCUUGCAAAUCAAUCGCAAAGAGGAAGUUACUGACGGAUGAUGAAGUGGAGGAAGUUAGGAGGGAAAUUGAUAUUAUGCAUCAUCUGGCAGGACACCCUAAUAUAGUUUUGAUUAAAGGGGCUUAUGAGGAUGCUGUUUCAGUUUAUAUGGUUAUGGAAUUGUGCGCUGGAGGUGAGCUGUUUGAUCGAAUCAUUGAUAGAGGUUAUUAUUCAGAACGAAAAGCAGCUGAUCUUGCUAGGACUAUUGUUGGUGUGAUUGAGGCAUGCCAUUCUCUUGGUGUGAUGCAUAGGGACCUUAAACCUGAGAAUUUUCUAUUUGUAGAUAAGGAUGAAGAUUCACUUCUGAAAACCAUAGAUUUUGGGUUAUCAAUUUUUUUUAAGCCAGGACAAGUUUUUACAGAUGUGGUGGGAAGCCCUUAUUAUGUUGCACCAGAAGUUUUGCUUAAAAAUUAUGGUCCAGAAGCCGAUAUCUGGAGUUCUGGUGUGAUCAUUUACAUUCUUCUUUGUGGGGUCCCUCCAUUUUGGGCAGAUUCUGAGGAAGAUAUAUUCGAAGAGGUUUUGCAUGGUAAACUUGACUUCAGCAUAAGUCCAUGGCCUAAUAUAUCUGAAAGUGCUAAAGAACUUAUUAGAAAAAUGCUUGUUAGAGACCCAAAAAAGCGGAUAACUGCUCAUGAAGUUCUUUGCCACCCUUGGAUCAGCGUUGAUGGUGUUGCUCCAGAUAAGCCUCUUGAUUCUGCAAUCUUUGCUCGACUAACUCGGUUUUCUGCCAUGAACAAACUUAAGAAAAUGGCUCUUAGGGUUAUUGCUACAAAACUUUCAGAAGAAGAGAUUUCUGGCUUAAAACAAAUGUUUAAGAUGAUAGAUACAGACAACAGUGGCUACAUUACUUUUGAAGAACUCAAGGAUGGACUGAGUAGUUUUGGUGCUAAUCUUGAAGAAUCCGAAAUUCAUGAUCUUAUGCAAGCUGCGGAUAUCAACAAUAAUGGUGCCAUCGACUAUGAAGAAUUUGUAGCUGCAACCUUGCAUUUUAACAAAGUGGAUAAGGAAGAUAGUCUAUAUGCUGCUUUUUCGUAUUUUGACAAAGAUGGCAGUGGUUAUAUAACCGUGAAUGAAAUCCAACAAUCCUGCAAGGAAUUGGGAAUAGACGAUGCACAAAUGGAAGAAAUUAUCAAAGAAGCUGAUCAGAACAAUGACGGGCGUAUCGAUUACAAUGAGUUUGUAGCGAUGAUGCAAAAAGGAAGUACGACUAUCGGAAAGAUGCAACUGAAAAACAGUCUUGAUGGUGGACUCGGGAAGGCAUUGUCGGUUCGUUGAUACGAAAGUUUUUGACCAUUUUUUGAAUUCAAGAAUGUAUAAUGUUUCAUAUAAAGAAGUGAAUGAAAUAAUUAUGUAUAUUAGAAUGCAUCUAUGCCUCCCCAUAUCUAACCCCCUCCCCUAGUGGAUUAUUUC